AGAGAGAGCACGAACAUGGCAGAGAAUCAGGAAUUGUUCUGUUGCGCCGUCUGUCUGGAUCUACUGAAGGAUCCGGUCACUACUGCCUGUGGACACAGUUACUGUAUGGGCUGUAUAAAAGAAAGCUGGGAUCAGGAAGAUCUGAAAGGUGUCUACAGGUGUCCCCAGUGCAGACAGACCUUUAUACCAAGGCCUGUUCUGAAGAGAAACAUUGUGCUGGCUGAAGUGGUGGAGAAUCUGAAGAAGACAGGACUCCAGGCUGCUCCUCCUCCUGCUCUGUGCUAUGCUGGACCUGGAGAUGUGGCGUGUGAUUUCUGCACUGGGAUCAAAAAGCAGAAAGCCCUCACGUCCUGUCUGGUGUGUCUGGCCUCUUACUGUGAGAGUCACCUACAACCUCACUAUGAAUCUCUUGCUUUCAAGAAGCACAAGCUGGUCAAAGCCACCGCACAACUACAGGAGAAGAUCUGCUCUCAUCAUGACAAACUGCUGGAGGUUUUCUGUCGUACUGAUGAGCAGUGUAUCUGUUAUCUGUGUGCAAUGAAUGAACAUCAAGGCCAUGAUACAGUGUCAGCUGCAGCAGAGAGGACUGAGAAACAGAGGCAGCUGGGGAUGAGUCAGCAGAAGGUCCAGCAGAGAUUMCAGGARAGAGAGAAGGAGCUGAAGRAGCUCCAACAGGCUGUGGAKUCUCUCAAGGUGAGUAUUGUUGACCAGAGGAGACACACCAUUUCACUUCUCUCCUCCAGUGACAAUACACAUCCCAGAAGCCACAUGCAACUGAAGCAGGAGAUAGCUGAGCUGAGGAAGAGAAGCACUGAGCUGAAGCAGCUCUCACACACAGAGGAUCACAUCCAUUUCCUCCAGAGUUAUCAGUCUCUCUCCAGUAUCAGUGUAUCUUCAGACUUACCCAGCAUCGUUGUCCGUCCCCUUCAGUACUUUGGAGAUGUGAGUAAGACUGUGUCUGAAUUGAGAGAGAAAGUAGAAGACUUCCUUAAAGGAGAAUGGACCAAGAUCUCCACUACAGUGAAUAUAGUGGAUGUUGUACUGCCUCCAGAGCCCAAGACCAGAGAAGAGUUGUUACAAUAUUCCUGUCAGCUCACACUGGACCCAAACACAGCACACACACGUCUCUCUCUGUCUGAAUGGAAUAGAAAGGUGACCUAUACASGCCAAGUCCAACCAUAUCCUGAUCAUCCAGACAGAUUCACAAACGACUUGAUGGUGCUGUGUAGAGAGGGUCUGUCUGGACGCUGUUACUGGGAGGUGGAGUGGAGUGGGCUGUGUGUUAUUACAGCAGUCUCAUAUAAAGACAUCAGCAGAACAGGSAGAAGUAAUACAUUUGGACUCAAUGACAAGUCCUGGAGUUUACACUACUAUGGUGAUGGUUUUUGGUUCAGACACAAUAGUGUUAGGACGAAAGUGCCAGGCCCUCAAGCCUCCAGAGUAGGAGUCUACCUGGAUCACAAGGCAGGUACUCUGUCCUUCUACAGCGUCUAUGACACCAUGACCCUCCUCCACAGAGUCCAGACCACAUUCACUCAGCCACUCUAUCCUGGGUUUUCUGUUGAUUGUCUUUUCUCUGGUACUGCUGAGCUGGUUAAACUGUAGUGGGGUCCAUAUAGAUACUAGUCAUGCUGGUGUAGUCUAUAGCUGAGCUGGUUAAACUGUAGUGGGGUCCACAUAUAUUCUACUCAUGCUGGUGGUGAUGGUCCCCAGAUAUGAUGAUUCAUUCUGCUCUGUUUGUCUUUACAAAUGUUUUUUUCUGACUGAUUUGAUCUUCAAAGUUUUCAUCCAUUAAAAUGCAUUGUUUUAA